UCUAGGGUUUUGUUUUUUGUUCUGUGAAAAAAUUUGAAAGCUUCGGUUUAUGGCUUUUGAUUUCUUAGGAAUUUUCGUGCAUAGUGCCUUUAUAUACAAACUUUUAUAUACAACGAGGUUUUUAAUAGAUUCCUGGAUUAAGUCAAAAAAUUCAGAGGUUAGGUAUAACCAAGAAAAUAAUCUGCUUGUGGCGAAAACUUAGUCUUCACUAUUGUUCUCAGUAUGUUCCCUUCUCCAAAGAGUAACAACAGCCCAAAUAAUAGCCACUUAUACAAAACUAUUAAUGAUACUUACAAUGGAAAUCCAAAAAUUACUUCGACCCCUUUACAUUCUUUGGCAGCUAGACGACACGGACUCCCAUUUUCAACAUCAUCUAAGCCUCGACUACCUAGUUUUAGGCGGUAUUCCUUAUCUGAUGUCACAACCCUAACAAAUGGUAGAACUCCACCUAGAAAUAUCGAUAAUAGUUCAGGGCCAUUGCUAACCUCUAUAAAUUACAAAGACAAUGUGAGUACAUAUGAGGAGACCAAGAGUCCUGGUUUAGCCGGAAGGGUGGUUCAGUAUAGUGAAGAAGUGGCUAGGAAAAAAAAACCCUUAUGUCAAGAAAAGUAUAAUAGUCUGGGUUUGUUUCCAAUAGUUCACUUAUUUAAUAAAAAAACAUCUUCCGAACAAUUACCAAAACCUGUUUUUAUAAAAAUUGGAACACCAGAGUUGGUAAAGCAUAUACAUCCAGAGCAUAGUAACAAAAUCUUAGAAAGUAUUACAAAACCAGCAAAUUUUAACAUAAAUUCUACUGUAAAUGGGUUAUCACAAGCACAAAGCAGUUCUAGGACUGAAAAUGUAUUGGAUGCCUUAAAAGAGAUAUCGAGAAAGAGAAUUCAUGGCAAUGAGGACUUUGAAUUACAUGAGGAUCAUGCGAAAAAGCAAAGGACAGAUGAUAUUAAGAGUUGUAACUCAAACAAACGUGCGCAAGAUAAUUCCUCAGGAGAGCAAUCACCCAAUUCUAGUUGCAAACCCAUAUCCAAAAAAAUUUGUGUCUAUGAUGAAUAUGCUGCAUCAAAAUCUUCCACAAAUUUCUCAACUAUUAAGAAAAAUAACCAACAAUCUAGAACAAAAAGAAAAACAACUAGUACAUCAACAGAAAUUUCAACAAUUAAGCAGACAAAAUAUGUUAAUGCUGAAACACAAACCGCAGCUGUUGAACCAGAAAAGGAAACUAGUAUUAAAGACAAAGAAGAAAGGUUAAGCUCUAGUACUAGAGAGAGUCCUGUGAAGGUAUUUAAUGAAGUUCCAUUAGAGAAAAACCGGAAAAAUCGACUUGCUGCACUGAUGGGAACUUUGGUUGGAAAAGAAGUUGCAUUGUUGCCAAAAUUACAAACAAACACCAAUAUUAGCGAAAAUCUACCAGAAAACAUUGAAACCAGAGAUAAUAAUACUUCUAAAGAGGUUGUAGACAUGGGAAAACCUUUGACAUCAAUUCUUUCCCUUCCCAAUCAAAUGCGUAUUCCAAAUAACAAACACGUUCAUUUUAGCAUUUCUAAUAAUGCAUCAAAGGAGGCUAACACUCAAUUAGAGGAACUUGAUAGUUCCACUUCAAAUAGUGGUAGUAAUGAAACUUCCAAUAUUGUUACUUCAACACCUACUUUGGUGUCAUUACCAAGCUUUUCACAAGCUAUAUCUAAAAGUGAAAAUUCUGUAGGGACUACUGUAGCUACAAGUAAUCUUGUUGUUACUACUUCUACACCAUUAGGCCCUAGUAUUUCAAAAACAGGUGGAUUUCCUUUUAAUUUAAUUCAUUCUAAGAAAGCUGAUCCAAGUCCAAAACAAGACAGUGGUUCAUUUGGUAUUUUACAGGAGGUAACUGAUGCUAAUACCAUCAAAGAGCCAGAAGCAGACAAAAAUUUGGUUGUAUUCUCCACCCCGACCACUUCUCAAUCAAUUUUUAAUUUUAAAAACUCAAAUACAAGCAGUUCCUCAUUUAUAUCGCCUGCCACAGUUUUAACCUCACCUACAUUUGGACUUGAAAUGACUACAAUAUCUAGCAAUACUGAAAAAGUAAGUGCAAGUUUACACUUUAGCACUGCAAAUAAUUCAACACCCCCAACAAAAACAACAUCGAGUUUUACCAGCAUAUUACCAUCCUCUACUAGUUUUGGUGCUUUUACUGUAACAACCUCUGUACCUGCCAGUUCUGUUGUUACAUCUACUUUCGUUUUUGGUAAUAAUCCAAUUACAACCUCCAGCUUUGAAAACUCCAAUAUUUUGACAUCUAAUGCCAAUGAAAAGACUGCAGCAUUUAAUCCCGCUCCUACUCUAGUUACUACAACUUCAGGUACCUUAUUUGCAGAUGUUACAAUCCCUCCAACAUUGUUUACCAGUGCCAUACCUACCAAUACAUCCACUAUUUUAUUUGGCACGAAACCUACAACCAGUAGUACCAACUCAACAUUUGCAAAUGUUUUCACCCCAUUAUUUGGGGUUGCCUCAUCCACCCCCUCACUUUUCCCGUCAACUGUAACUUCAUCAUUGAACUUUGGAAACCCAAAUACCGUUCCGUCAUUUAAAACAGUGCCAUCUACUUUUGGAGCAAAUUUAUCAGUCACUUCUACACCUUUUGGAGUUGCCACUACUACACCAUCAUAUACCUCCAAUACUUCAACAAUACCCAGUACAUUUGGAGUUAAUCCAUCAGUAGCUGCUGCUGGAACCUUUGGGAGUGCUUCACUUUCUACAGCUUCUCCAACAUUUGGCAGCUUUGUUAACCCGGCUACCCCAUCUUUUGGAAAUACAGUAAAUGUUGUUCCUAGAACAACAGCGUCUGCGUUUGGGAAUCCAAGUAACAACUCAUCAUUUGGACAUAACACCUCCUUCACUGCUCAGUCUGUGUUUGGGACAUCUACAAAACCCUCAUUUUCAACGCAGUCCUCCAUACAAACAACCGCCAGCACCCCUCCUAUGUUUGGAAGCUCUAUUGCCCCCAGCUUUAAUUUUGGCGGGAAGACGGAAAACCCUUUUGGGGCUGCAAAUUCUACAGAGUCAAUAUCAAAACCAAACACUGGUUUUUUCUCCACAACUAGUCCAAAUUUCGGAUCGGCUGUUUUACCAACUUCGGGUACAUCGUUUGGACAAAACACUGUACCAGUGCUGGCGAACAAGUCGGGCACUUUUGGAGGUCAUCCGUCACCAUUUGGAAAUUCGGACAAAGAUGCGAGUUCAGUAUUUCAAGGCGGUAAGACGGCAGGUGGAUUCGCUAAACCCGAAGUCACUCAGAUCGGUUUUGGGAGUACUGCCAGUACUUUUGGAUCCCCGUCCGGAAACAUAUUCGGAUCUCAGCCACAACAAGCCUCCAACGGCACUGCUUUUGCGUUUGGAUCAGCUCCGCCUCAAGCCGCGCCACCUACUACUUUUAAUUUUGGCCCAAGUAACGCACUAGAAAAAAAUAAAUCGUUCAGCUUCAGCGGAGGCAUCACUCCAGCUUUUGCCGGCAAUUCCACACCUUCUUUCCAAUCGGGAUCGCCGGUUUUUGGAACUCCUGCUGCUAGUUUCGGUACACCAGGUCCAACAACUGGUGUAUUUAAUAUUGGAUCUGGACCAGCGUCGACGGGUAGAGCACGGGCGCCGCUCAAGGCACGGAGACGGACAUAACAAUUUGGGAGAAAAGUGUUAAAAAACAAUUAAAAUUCCUGGAUUGUGUUGCUAAAAGAAUGAGAUUCCUUUUUUUUAUGUUCAACAGGAUACACAACAAUAUGUAGACAGUGUUUUUAAUUUAACUUUAUGUAGGUAAUUUUUUAUAUAGGCAAAAUUUUGGGUUUUUAAUAUAAAAACAAACAACAUGCCGCAAAAUAUUAAAAAUUCGUUAGAAAAUCAAGAUGAACUUUUUUGUACAGAUGAAGAAAUUGGGUUUUAAAUUAGAUGUAUAUUUGUAUGGUGUAAAAUAAACUAUAGCCAAUGUUAAUAUUUAGGUACAUUAUUGAAUAAUUAAAGUUCUUAAAACUAUUAUAAACUGUUUUUUUCUUUUUUUUUAG